GAGCAAGCUUCCUUGGUUGCCAAGAAGGGCCCAGGGUGGGAUCAAGCAGCUGGGGCAGUGAGAAGGAUGGGACAGUGACUAUAAAGGGGGCUGGCCACCAGCUGGAGGAGUUUACAGAGCUGUGGGCCACCAGGCUCCAACCCCAACAUCUGAGGAAGGACAAACUUGAAGUUAACACCAUCCUGGGAAAUCCAAUAGGGCUCCUGUAUCCCUGCCCCAAGCAUCUAUGAAACCUUGAAGAAACUUGGGCUGGGUGGCAGGAAGAAGAAGGACAUCUCCAACAAGAGCACCCCCAUCAGGACAAGGUCACAGGGUAACUGAACCAGGUAUUCCCUGACCUGUGGUUCAUACAGUUUAUCCAUCCAGCUUGGAGACAGCCCAGACCGACCAUACCAAGACUGUCUUAGACCAUGAAACUGUUACUACUCUGGGUUGUGCUCAUUUUUUCAGGAAGUAUGGUUCCAGGCCAGGGGAGCCUAAUACAACUGACUCAAAUGAUUAAACAGGCAACAGGAAAAAAUCCUGUCUACAGCUACCUGAACUAUGGAUGCCACUGUAGACCAGGGGGCAAAGGUCAACCCAAAGAUGCAACUGACUGGUGCUGCAAGAUUCAUGACUGUUGCUACAAACACCUAAUGCAACAAAGAUGUCAUGUCCUUGUGGACAGGUACAACUACAACUUUAUCGACGGGGACAUCGAGUGCUAUGGGAGGACCCAAUGUGAGAAGGAGACUUGCCAGUGUGACAAGGAGCUUGCCCUCUGCCUGCGGCGAAACUUGGAGAGCUACCAGAGGAACUACCGUUUCUUAUGGAAGACCCUCUGUCAAGAGCAGAACCCAGAAUGCUAGAACGAGGCCCUCCUGUAUCCCUGGUGGGAAGAGAGCCCAGGAUGGGGUUCUAACUCUACCGGGAAACCUUUAAAAAAAAAACAAGCAAAAAAAAAAUAGAGCCUAUACACUGGUUCUGAGAAGUCACUCUUCAGAAUAGACUAGAGUCUCUUAGAUUUCAUGGUACUUCGGGUAAGGGCCCUUCCAUAAGGGCCCUUCUAGCUCUGACCUUCUGUAUCCUAAGGGCCUUCCCAGCUCCAACAUUCUGUGUUCUAAGGCCCUCC